UUGUAAUGGCUACUGCUCUAAAAGCUGCAAAGGAAUACUUGAUAUGUCCAUUAUGUGAAAACAAUUUUGACAAUCCUAAGACGUUGGUGUGCCUUCAUUCUUUUUGUAAGCAGUGUAUCAGUGACCAUAUUGUGGAAAAGAACAAAACUGAAAGGAAAGCAAAGGGGUUUGAAUGUCCAACAUGCCAGAAACAGACCAUUCUAUCAGAAUUCGCGGGACAAAAACCAGAAGACUGGUCUUCUAUGCUUCCAACGAACGAGGCAUUGUCAAACAUUCUGACCGCUUUGAAUGAAGUAGAGAAUACGUCACCAUUGCAAUGUCCAAGGCAUUUGGAUCACGAAGUAGUAAGCUUUUGUGAGGAUCACGAAGUAUUUGCUUGUUCACUUUGUUCUAAUCAGACGCAUAAGUCGUGCAGAAAGAUCCAUUCGAUUGCUGAGGCUGUAAGAAAAAGGCGGGAAAAUGUGCCCACUUUGGCGAAUGACCUAUCAACUCAGAUAUCUGAAACUGAGAAAAUUUUAAACAACCGUCAAGAUCAGGUUGAACUAAUCGAAAAUAAGGAAGAUGAAAUCAAACAAGAGAUUACCGAAAUGAAGAAACAAGUAAACGAUUUCUUUUCUCAAAUGGAGACAAAAGUUUUAGAUGCUAUUGCAGAGGUUAAGCAUAAAGAAUUAGGAGGUAUACAACUUGAAAUCAAUGUUUGCCAUCAGAUCAUAGAAAAAGCGAGGAGCGCUAUUACUGAAAUGAGUAAGACAGAAGAGAAAAAUCCACUUAAGUUUGUUGAAAAAUACAACGACCAUAUAAAAUCUUACGAGGAAAGGCAAGAGAAACUCGAACAACUAUUGCAAAGUUUGACAGACUUAAAAAUAAAAUAUUUGGCAAACAGAGAAAUCGAGAAAGCAUUCCGCGAAGCUGACAGUAUUGGAUCACUGUGUGUUGAAAGGGUAGGAGGUAAACUAGCUAAGCCUUUGACAAAGGGAUCACCACGUGAUGAAAAACUCUCAUUGAAGCUGGAUGACAUCAAGGAAAGCCAGGAGCUGUCAGAAACCAGUGCAGCAUCAACUGCACGAUCUCAAUCUAUUCAACCAGGAAUUGAAGUCGCUCGUGUUUCUCCCAUGAAAUCUGUUUCCGUUGCUUCCGUCGGGACAGACGCAAAAGCAGAUUCUGAUGAAGAGGAACCAGUUCCAACAUUACGUUUAGAAGAGCCAAAAGUUAAAGAACAAGGAACUAUCACCACUCGGGAACGAGACACUAUGGUAACAGCUCGUUUCCUGCGGGAUUUUAACGUUGCAAUUGAUAAAGAAUAUGAAUGUUCCAUAGAGGGCGCAGCUAUACUUACUUCCGGUCAUAUCGUCUUAACAGAUUCAUCAAAUAAAUGUUUGAAAGUAUUUGAUGAAAAGUAUAACUUCCUAGCUUUUACAAGAUUUUCAGUUGCCCCAGGUGAUUUGACUGUUUUAUCGGAAAAAGAAGUUCUAGUUUGUCUUCCCGAAAUGUCACGCGUAAAACACGAGAGAAUCGAUAUAAAAAAUAAAAAGAUCACAGCAGGUGAGGUUUUAACUCUGAACGAAAGGUGUCAUUCAAUUUCGUUCAGCAACAGAAAAUUGGCUGUUUGUUCUACAUCAUAUGUUUACAUUUUCCAGCGACAAGGCAGUUCAUGGGUUCGUGAUGCAUCGAUAAAUGUUAACGUUACCAAUUUGAAAUUUGUUGCUUUAGACAGUGCCGCAGAACGCGUCGUGGUGUCACGUGAUGGGUAUCCAAAUCGUUCUAUUAUUUGCAUGAACAUAACCGGCCUGAAGCUAUGGACAUUUACGCACGAGGAAAUAAGAUUACCACGUGGUAUUGCUUUCUGUGGAAAUAAAAUUCUCGUCGCUGUCUUUGAUCAUAAAACCAUCAUCCAACUAAACGGUAAAGACGGGAGGUACGAUGGAGUCGUAGUACAAGAUAGUUGCCUCCAAUGGCCAUGUAAAUUGUGCAUUAGUCCGAAAGGGGAUAAAAUGUUGCUUACCCAAAGCCAUCACAAGAUGGUGGCAAAGGACAAAAAGAAAGUAUUGGUAUUCCGUCUAACAAAGUGUGCAGUAGCAGAAAACGAGUCACCAAAAUAAUGAACGACUUUGAUUAUGUUUUUUCUAAAGUCUUUUGAUGUUUUUUUCUCUUUCA